CACCAGGUUGCUGUCAGAGAGGAGGAAGCCGACCUACUCACCACCCUACGCUAUCGACACCCCGCAUCCCCACGGCUCCAGCUCGGGGUUGUUUAUCCUCCUAUGUAACCUUCCGUCCCACGUUUGGAUCCACUAGCCGCUAGCUCGCUAGCAUCACUUAAGUAACCGUUAUUGUGAUCGAUCUUUAUUGAGAUCGAUCGUCUCCGCAUGGCGUUAAUCCUGUUAACGAGGGGUCGUAUACAGCUGGUGAAAACAUCGAGGUCCCUGAAGAACGAGUUGAGAAAAGCGAACCUACAAGAUGGCGCCAGUUUCAGCUCCACAGCUCUCAGACUGCUCAGUCCAAAGCUGGACGGGACUCCUGUCGCCAUGGUCGCGGCCCCCCUCCCCGCCGUCUUCCUCCGGACCGACGGCCCCGGCGGCCCCUGGGCCGGCCUCGACGCGCUCCGCCUCCGCGCCGCCCUGGCCCCGCCCCCGGCCCGCUGGGGCGUCCGCGGGCUCCACACCAGCCGGCGGCGCCUGGACGACUCCAAGGUGGAGAAGUCCCUGCGCUCGCUGAAGGAGCACAACAAGAAGAUGGAGGACGGCGGGCCGGUGUACAGCCCCUCCACGGAGGCGGGGCCGGCCCGGCGCACCGUGAGCCAGUGGGUGGCGGACGAGGUCAAGCACUACUACCACGGCUUCCGCCUGCUGUGGAUCGACACCACCAUCGCGGGGCGCAUGCUGUGGAGGGUGCUCAACGGGCAGACGCUGUCCCGCCGCGAGCGCCGCCAGUUCCUGCGGACGUGUGCGGACGUGUUCCGGCUCCUCCCCUUCCUGGUCUUCAUCAUCGUUCCCUUCAUGGAGUUCCUGCUUCCCGUUGCCCUCAAGCUCUUCCCCAACAUGCUGCCCUCCACCUUUGAAACCAAGUCCAAGAAGGAGGAGCGUCUGAAGAAGGAGCUGCGCGUGAAGCUGGAGAUGGCCAAGUUCCUCCAGGACACGGUGGAGGAGAUCGCCCUGAGGAACAAGGCCUCCAAGAGCAGCGUCACCAAGGAGUUCUCCACCUUCUUCCAGAUGAUCAGGGACUCCGGCGAGCGGCCGAGCAACGAGCAGAUCCUGCGCUUCUCCAAGCUGUUUGAGGACGAGCUGACCCUGGACAACCUGACGCGCCCCCAGCUGGUGGCGCUCUGCCGGCUGCUGGAGCUGCAGUCCAUCGGCACCAACAACUUCCUGCGCUUCCAGCUCAUCAUGAAGCUGCGCACCAUCCGAGCCGACGACAAGCUGAUCGCGGAGGAGGGGGUGGAGAGUCUGAACGUGACGGAGGUGCAGGCGGCCUGUCGGGUCAGGGGGAUGAGGUCACUGGGGGUCACGGAGGACCGCCUCCGGGAGCAGCUCAGCCAGUGGCUGGAGCUCCAUCUGAAGCAGCAGAUCCCAACCUCGCUGCUGCUGCUGUCCAGGGCCAUGUUCCUCCCCGACACGCUGUCCCCCGCCGACCAGCUCAAGACCACCCUGCAGACCCUGCCCGAGAUGGUGACCAGGGAGGCAGAGUUGAUGGCGGCUGAGAUGGAGCUCUCCAAGGUGGACCACAAGAGCAAGGUGGAGAGCACCCUGCAGGAGGAGGCCGUCAUCCGCCAGGACAACAAGGAGCGGGAGAUGGAGAGGCUGGCCGACGCCGCCCUGAGGACCAUCAGGGAAGGAGAACUGCUGAGCGACUCCUCGGCCUCCAGCGACAUGCUCCGAGACUCCGCCCCCAACCUGGAGGGCAUCAAGGGGGAGGAGAUCACCAAGGAGGAGAUCGACCUGCUGAGUGACGCCUGCUCCAAGCUGAAGGAGCAGAAGAGACUCCUCACCCUGGAGAAGGAGGAGCUGGAGGAGCUGAAGGAUGACGUCCAGGAGUACAACGAGGACCUGGAGGAGAUGAAGAAGGAGCUGUCUAAGACGGGCCAGGAGGAGGUGGUGGAGGAGUCCAAGGCCAGCAAGCGUCUGGCCAAGCGCGUGGACCGCAUGAUCCUCCGCGUGGGCAAGAUCAUCGGGGAGCUGGAGAAGGACAAGGAGGUGCUGGAGAAGGACAAGGAGGUGCUGGACGGACAGCUGGAGCAGGGCAGCAGUCCACCUUUGGGAUUAUUCCAUGAUAGAUGUGCUGGUGGAAGGAGUCUCUUCCACACCUUCAGGGAGAACCUGGUGAGCAUCGACGAGCUCAUAGCCGUGAUGAAGCAGAUCCAGAGCAUUCCGGAACACAAACUGCAGAGCAUCGCGGCGGCCCUCGACGACAACAAGGACGGCAAGAUCGACAUCGACGACGUCAUCAAGGUGGUGGAGUUGAUUGACAAGGAGGACAUCGACAUCUCCACCAAUCAGGUGGCAGACAUAAUGGUGAUGCUGCAGAAGGAGGAGAAGCUGAAUGAGAAAGAGAAAGCCAAGGAGAAGGCAGAGAAGGAGCAGGCUGCUCAGAUCAGCGGCUAACUACCCCCCCAGGGGCGUGGCCUGACGGAGGGGCGUGGCCUGGUCCCACCUGGCGGGAAGGGGGGGGGAACCAGACUUCCAACAAGGGCAGAGGACAUCUGCUCCGCACUUAAAGACUUUCCAAGUUAGAUGCACAAACGCUCAAGGUUUAACUUCACUAGUCACUUGGUCUAAACCCCUUCCACUGAGAGUUGAAAAUACUUUGUUGAUAUAUUACUAUUAUGAUCACCCUCAUUAGUUAAUGAGAGGUUGAACAAUUAUUAUUCUUUAUAAUAAGAUGAAGAGCACAAAGGCAGCUUCACCAUGAUUCAUGUUAUCAUCCAUGCUGAAUACAUGACAUGAUUCUUGUUGUGAUCAUCCAUAACAUGAUUCAUGUUGUCACGUGUGUUGACUAUAUGAUAACAUGAUUCAUGUUGUCAUGUGUGUUGAAUAUACGAUAACAUGAUUCAUGUUGUCAUGUGUGUUGAAUAUAUGAUAACAUGAUUCAUGUUGUCAUGUGUGUUGAAUAUAUGAUAGCAUGAUUCAUGUUGUCGCGUGUUUUGAAUAUAUGAUAACAUGAUUCAUGUUGUCACGUGUUUUAUAUAUAUAUAGUCCCAGCAUGAAGUGUGCAGCUCUCCAUUGAGGUCAUGCGAUCAACAGGCAGGUGUCUGGUUGACCUUCAUUCCACAGCUAGCCUUAGUUCCAAGUAUUGCAGUAACCUGCGGGGUUAGCGUCAGGUUAGUAGGUUACCUGAUGCUAGGACUUCUGAAUGUAACCCCGCCAUUCACCAGACGGGGGCAACCAAAGAAUCGGACAGAGGUUUUAGUUCAGGGGAGGGUGAGUGAGGGUUAGUUAGGGCUAGUUAGGGUCAGGUUGGUGAGGGUUAGUGUCAGUGAAGGCUAGGGUUAGUUAGCGUUAGGUGAAUGAGGGUUAGGCUUAGUGAGGGUUAAUUAGGGCUAGUGAGGUUUAGGGUUAGGUAGGAUUAGGGAUAGUGAGGGUUGGGGCUAGUCAUUCUUAGGGUUAGUUAGGGUUAGUGAGAGUUAUUCAUGGUUAGGGUUAGUUGGGGUUAGUGAGGGCUAGUCAUGGUGAGGGCUGCCCAGGUCCAAAACCUAGAGCCACCAAAACAAAAGCCUGUCAUUGAGUAGUCCACCUUUCAUCUGGUUUGGCUCGAGACGGGGCCAGGGCCUGGGGCCCCGGUCAGGGCUAGGGCCUGGGACCCCGGUCAGGGCUAGGGCCUGGGACCCCGGUCAGGGCUAGGGCCUGGGGCCCCGGUCAGGGCCAGGGCCUGUGGCCCCGGUCAGGGCCUGGGUCAGGGCUAGGGCCUGGGGCCCCGGUCAGGGCCUGGG